GUUUCCCGAGUAGCUUGGCGGACAUGGAUGUAUUCCAGAAGGUGGAGAAGAUUGGCGAGGGCACCUACGGGGUGGUGUAUAAAGCCAAGAACAGGGAGACUGGGCAGCUUGUGGCCCUCAAGAAGAUCAGGCUGGACUUGGAGACAGAGGGGGUCCCCAGCACUGCCAUCAGAGAGAUCUCUCUGCUCAAAGAACUGAAGCACCCCAACAUUGUGAGGCUGCUGGAUGUGGUGCACAAGGAGAAGAAGCUGUACCUGGUGUUCGAGUUCCUCAGUCAGGACCUGAAGAAGUACAUGGACUCCACCCCGGUCUCGGAGCUCCCCCUGCACUUAGUCAAGAGCUACCUUUUCCAGCUGCUGCAGGGGGUGAAUUUCUGCCACUCGCAUCGGGUUAUCCACCGUGACCUAAAGCCCCAGAAUCUGCUCAUUAAUGAGUUCGGAGCCAUCAAACUGGCUGAUUUUGGACUGGCUCGAGCCUUUGGGGUACCUCUGCGCACCUACACCCACGAGGUGGUGACACUGUGGUAUCGAGCCCCCGAGAUCCUCUUGGGCAGCAAAUUUUAUUCGACAGCUGUGGACAUCUGGAGUAUUGGUUGUAUCUUUGCAGAAAUGAUGACGCGUAAAGUCCUGUUUCCCGGAGACUCUGAGAUCGACCAGCUCUUUCACAUCUUUCGAACCCUGGGGACACCCAAUGAAACCACGUGGCCAGGCGUCACCCAGCUGCCUGACUAUAAGAGCAGCUUCCCCAAGUGGCCCAGCAGGAGGCUGGAGGAGAUUGUGCCCAAUAUGGAGCCCAAGGGCAAGGACCUGCUCAUGCAACUCCUGCAGUAUGAUCCGAGCCAACGGAUCUCAGCCAAGAUGGCUCUGGCCCAUCCAUACUUCCUGUCCACUGAGCCCUCCCAGGCUUCCCGCCAUUGUGUGCUGGAGAAUUUUUGCCGCUGAGCCUAGCACACGAGGCCCACCCAUCACCUGAAAAUGCUCUCCAGCCGCCUCCAUCCACUUGUGGGAGAGAGCAUCUCUAAGGAAUUUUGCAUCAGCCUUCUGAGGGCUGAGUUUGGGUUAGUCCUGCCAGCAGGUUAGCAAGUUUCUGUGUUGCUUGUUGAGUUUGAGGGUACAGUUUCAAAACAGGGGGCGCAUACACGCCAUACACAAUGGAGUUAGAUUUCUAGCCCCCUAGGCAUUUUCGAAUAACAGGUGCCAACUUGAAUACAAGAAGCCUGCAGGAUGCAGGCAAGGUAUUCCUGACCCUGGGGAAAGGGUGCCCCCUGCUGGUCUUUUUUAUUUCAAAUGUUUGCAAGAAGAAUUGAGUUUGAGUUUAGAAACUUAAACCAGAGGGCACUGAGAAGGGACAGGUAGUUCCCUGAUUCCAGGUGAGGCCGGAGCAUCAAUGCCGCUUCUCAAUCCUCGUUGAAGCUAUGUUUUGUUUUACUUCCCUUUGACAAUCUGGAAAUAAAUGUCACU